AUGGCGGAACAUGGCGACGCCAGACCAACAUACUCGCCCUAUGCGAGUGGUUCCUGUGCCGUUUACUUCUCGGGCGCGACUCCUCUACACAUCCCUCAAUCGCUCCUGAGUGAGGGUUUGAAGGAAGCUGGAGAGUUCCGACAUGACGGUCAUCUUCCUCUUCUGUCCAGUCUGCGGCUAGACGACAUCACGUUCGAUGCAGGGCAUGUCAUCAUUCACUAUCUCGUCACGGGUACCUACGAAUGCCUCCAGCCACUGGAAGAGAAACACGAUGAGAGAAUUUCAGCCGAACUCGCGACUGCUAUUCGCGUCUAUGUCGCUACCGGUAUUCUGAGCUUGCCCCGACUCCGCGAAAUGACUCGAGCGGAGCUAGUUCGUCUGGGCGAUCAGCUCAGUCUUCCUGUCUUGAUUGCGGUCAUGGAAGAGGCUGCAUUGACCUUUGAUGAAAAUCCUGCAAUUGCCACGUACAUCGAAUCACGAGUUCUAUCGUUCAAUCAGAACGUCAUCCCCGAUGGCGAGAGCGGCGCCGACAUUAUCCUGGAUAUGAUGGGAGCUUCCAACUCUCUUAGCAAGGUCUUACUGCGAAGUAUCAUCCUCACAAAGGCCUCAGAAAGCCGUCAGCAGGAAGAACCGAACUAUCAGCGUACUACCUCAGGAUAUCCCGCUAUCGUACUGCGCCCGGCUGAGGCUGCCAUGAAACAAGCUGAAGAGCAAACAGCCCAGAAUGUGGAAAAGGAGGCUGCUCGACAAGCUGAAGAGCUUGCACUGGCUCGCGAGGCUGAAGAACUACGAGACCUCCAGCAAAAGCGCUCAAAGAGAAAGAAGCUCACCCGCAGGCAGCAGAAUCGCCUCGACGUUCUUGCUCGUAGGAAGAAUGACCGGGGACUCAGAGAGAAAGAGGCUCGCGAAGUUGAAAUCCGUGGUCAACAACCCGCCGAGGAACAUCUAACCAGUCCCAGCUGGUUGCAGAUCGGAAUGAAAGAUGGGAGAGUCAGUGAGCUCUGUUAUUCUACUACUGUAGCUUCUGCUCACCCCUACGCCACCCGCGCUGGGACUAUGGACCAGACUCCCGAGCCCGAGACUUUCGAGCGACGUAACCAAUGCGACAUUGAGACUGUCAGCGAUAGCGGCUCGACAACUCAGUUCACACCUGACUACAGCCUGGACGACCCAGAGGACGAACCAUGCUACGACUGGUGA